CUCGGCCCGCCCCAGCCCGCCCUGGCACGGCCCCGGCGCGGCGCGGAGAGGAGCGGCCUGGCCAUGGCGCGCUCGCUCAACUCCAUCGUGGCCGUCAGCCAGAACAUGGGCAUCGGCAAGGACGGGCGGCUGCCGUGGCCGCCGCUCAGGAAUGAGUACAAGUACUUCCAGAGAAUGACGAGCACGGCCCGUGUGGAAGGUAAACAGAAUGCAGUGAUAAUGGGUAAAAAAACGUGGUUCUCCAUCCCUGACAAGAACCGUCCUUUAAAAGACAGGAUUAAUAUUGUGCUCAGCAGGGAGCUCAAGGAAACCCCAAAAGGAGCACAUUAUCUUUCCAAAAGUCUGGAUGAUGCUUUAGCUCUUUUGGAUUCACCAGAGUUAAAAAGUAAAGUAGACAUGGUCUGGAUCGUGGGAGGCACUUCAGUGUACAAGGCAGCAAUGGAGAAGCCAAUUCAUCAUCGAUUGUUUGUGACAAGAAUCUUGAAAGAGUUUGAAAGUGACACAUUUUUUCCAGAAAUUGACCAUAAAGACUACAAGCUUCUAACAGAGUACCCAGGUGUCCCUGCUGAUAUCCAAGAAGAGAAUGGGAUCCAGUACAAAUUUGAAGUGUAUGAAAAAACUGUCAUGGCACAAUAAGGGAGGCAUGUUGUACUUCUGUGUAAGGGCAGGUAUUUUAAACCAUGAAGUUUUACUGAGUGUAAAGAUACAUUAAAAUUUUCACGAAAAUCAUG